CCUAAAAUAUUCUCAGGUGGUGAUUUAGUUUUUAUUUCGGGUAAAUUUGUCGUCGAAAAUUCUGAACAAUGUGUUACUAUAACAUAUGCAAGCAUCAUCGAUAAUAACCCUAGUCACGAGUUUGAUACUACCAGUAUUCCUCCGUGCAUCCCUCAUUGCAUGUUUUCUGUGGUUGUAAAUCGUAAGCCUAAAGAGCUCGGAGAAUUCAUCUAUUUCGGUGUUAAAUGUACUGAAUAUAAUUCUGUUACUGGUAGUACAAAUGUAAAUAUGCAAAUGACAGUUCUUUAUCAUGCGGGUUCCUCGAGAUUUCAAAAUUAUUUGGGCCAUUCAGCAGCUGUUACCUAUAAUGCGCAUGAAAAUUAUUCUUCAUCAACUCCUGGUGCUCAAUCAAUUAUUGACAUCAUCGCUAAUGAUAUUGAAUCUACUCCAACUCAAGUUCCAAAAGUUGUUGAACCUACGAUCUCCUCAGUUAACUGUAAUGCUACUGCUACCCCGGGUUCAUCAGAAAAUUUGGUAAAUCCUGAUUAUUCAUUAUCUAAGAGAGAUCAAAAACAAUCUUCAGAUUAUAUUGACUUGGAUGAAGAAGAUAAGCAAUCGGAUUAUGAUGAUAAUGAAAAGGAUACAGAAUUAGACGAAGAAGAAGAGAAGACAGAUAGUGAAAGUGAUUAUGAAGCUUCUGAUAAUAAUAAUUAUGUUUUAAAUAGCUUUAUAAAAAACAAUACAAUUGAAUCAUUUUUUAUAUCAACAUUCAACAAUAAAUUAACUACUGCAAACCUUCGCAUUGAUUACCAAUUCAGAGGUUCAUCUUUACAUAAUAUAUGUUUAUACGACUAUGCUGCUAACAUUCAAAAAGUUUCAAUUAAUUCACAUGAACUUCCAGAAUUAACAAGUCAAAAUUUAAGUAAAAAA